AUGCCACAAAGACCAGCCACACGCCGGACAACGUCCACGUCCACAACUACCACAAGGACAACACUUCGAAAAAGUGGCAGCAUUGGAAAUAUACGCAAUAUGAUCACUUCCUCAGUCCCAUCAAUCAAGACUACUCCAAAAGAGACGAGAACAUGUUCAUGUCGACAAAGUGAUCUUGAGCAGUCAGCAAUCCAUCUACAAGAACAGUACACGAGACAACUGCAACAGCAAAUUUAUCUUCUGGAACUUGAAAAUAACUACUUAAAGCACAGUGGUGGGAAGGCAUCUCGAAAAAACGAUGAGAAUGAUGAUUCGUAUCACAGUGAUACUUCACCGCCUUCAAGUUUGACCACAAAUUUAGUCGUACCACGAGAACGAGAAUUACCUAGAGCUAGUAUUUUGGAAGAUGAUAAAGAGAAGCCAUGGAGAGCAAGAAAAAGAGUUUCGUAUGCGGAACCUGAGGUGACAGAAACAUCUACUCCUUCAAAUAGCUACGAUGUAAAACCAUCGUUAUGUACAGCCGACCAAGCUGAAUUAUUGCAUAAAUUGGAAGAAUCAUAUCAGAGGGAACGAAAACUCGAGGAACGCUUGAAACAAAAAACGACUGAAGUUGAGAGGAUUGCUUACGAAAAUACCCAAUUAUCAGAUUACAUCGAGGAGUUGAAAAUGAAAUUGCAAAAGAGUGAAGAAAAUUUUGCAAGAGACAAACGUGCACUUAUGGAAGAAGUCGUGGAACUACAAAGAAGACUUGAUUACCUUACGCCUGCGUUGGCUGAUAAGGAAUCGUAUGUGGCAAAAAUGGAAAUUGAAAAAGACGAGUUGGCUGAUAAGUUAAGACAUGCAACCAAUCAGCUAAGCGAAGUACAGAUGACGAUUGAUGAAAAAAAUCGAGAGGAGAGGACACUGUUUAAUGUUGAAGAAGAACGGAAAAGUGAGAUUGAUCGACUGUUGAAGACAAUUCGACAUUUAGAAAAUACGCUGGAAGAGAUGGAAAAUAAGGAAGCAUCACUGAUUAAUGAAAUUACUUCAAUGAGGCGAUCGCUGCGUGAAGAACAAUUAACAGCUAAAAAGGAUAAAGCCGUUGCUGAAAAGGCCUUGGAAGAAAACAGUGCUUUGAUAAAAGAAAACUCACAUUUAUCAGCGGAAAUAACACGGUUGGAAAUGAGGGUGAAAACUCUCAAUCAGCAGAUUGACCUUGCACAAGAGAAAGAGAUUAAACCAGCAGAGAUUGCUUCAUUGAGAGAGUCAGAAAAACUGCUGAAAACGGAACUACUGAAGGCAGAAGAAAGGUUACAAACGGAAAAGGAACGUGGUCGACGAGUUAUCCUAGAGCUGGAGCAAUAUCGGAAGACUGAAGAAGGCGCAAGGGAGUCUCGUGGAAGAAUGCAAAAGGAGCUGGAUGCUUUAAAAGCAUUAUCUGAGUCAAUGUCUAAUGAAAACAAAUCUUUGAGACAAGAAAAAAUUAUUCUUGCUGAACGUUGUGAGGAAUUACUAAAAAAGGGGAAUACAUUAACAGACAACAUUACGAGUCUUACAGCCGAUGCUGAAAGUUUAAAAAAAAUAAAUUCCGAUUUGCAUCAGAAGAUAAAAAAUCAGGAAAAUGAAAUGCGAAAAUGUAGAGAACAUUAUGAAAGUAUUGAAAGGAAGUACAAAGAGACAUUUCAAGAACUCGAAAAACAGACCGCAAUGCGACAAGAGAAGUCGGAAGAGUACGAAAAAUUAGCGAGACGUGUGUUAGAGCUUUCUGAUUCUGUAAAGGACAAGAAACCAGCAUCAUCCAGCGUCGCGGCGCGUCCAUCUAAACUGCCGACACCGUGGCCCGACAAACCCUUCCACGAUCAGCCACCUCCCACUCCUGAAUCAUCGGCAACUGUCCAGCAGACCAGCAAACGAAUUCAAAUCAAUGAAAGAAGAAUGCCUUAGUUCAUUUAAUCGAAUUCGAAUUUUUAUUAAAUCGACUGCAACACUGCUUUAACUGCCACUAAAUGAGUAAUUACGAGUGCUGAUUCCUUAGAUUUUUAUUGUUUGUUUCAUAUCUCAG